UUUGAACUUUUAAAAAUAAUGUAUUUUCAAAUAAUAAAAAUCUGAACUUUGUAAAAUAACGUAUUGUUUAAUAUAAAUAUGUAACUUAAUAAAAGAUAACAGAACCUAUUCUUUUAUAGAUGUCUUCAAUCAGUUGGUAAAACAUAUCUACAAAAUACAAAUAUAUAUUGACGACAAAAAAAAAAGGAAAAAUCCAAAUAAUAUAAAUAUAUCCAUAUCAAAACAGAAGCAAAUAUACUCCACACAAGGAAAAGAAAAAAAAAACGUUGGCUGGCUUCCUUCUCUCUUUCUGCUGAAGGAAAUAUGGCACAAAUGUGUCACACAUGUAGACGUAGACCAGCCGAGAUCCACUGUUUUACGGAGGCGACUAACUUGUGCAUUGCUUGUGACUGCAUGCGACAUCGUGGACCUGAUGCAGGACACAUACGUUACCAACUAUGCGAAAAAUGCUGGGUUAAUCCAGGUUUACUCAUCUGCUUUGACCACAAAAUCGUUCUUUGCCAAUCAUGUUAUUCACUCCGUUACAACUGCGUUCCCGAUGGCCAUCGCUAUGAAAUCGUCAAUCUUGUUCCUCUACAUCUUAAUAACCCCUAUCAUGAGCAUCAGCAUCAGCAUCAGCAUCAUGAGCGUGAGCAUAUGCUACCUCAUGUGGUUCACCUCCAGAGAAGAGAAGGGAUGUUUGAGAUGAGCUGCAACGGGCAUAACAAUUGCGAGAGAUGGAUGUUUGCAAUGAAAUGUGAAUCAUGCGUAGCUUCAAACGCUGUCGUUUACUGUCCUCAGCACGAUCACCUUUUAUGCGAUAAUUGUGACCGAGUAAUUCACUUUACCAAUCACCAGGGCAGGGCAGUGACGCCGCAUAUGAGGUUUGUGCUUUGCGUGAGCUGCAAGAGACUCUCUCGCAAUUUUCUCAUCGAAGACUCUUGUUUCAGCUUAUCACCGACUCAUCCUCCGGCGUUGUCUUCCACAGGGCCCGGUCAAUAGAAAUGUUUCUUAAGCUUUAAUUUUGUUUAUGUCCUUUUUGUUUUAAAGAUUUUCAUUGGAUUCUAGUUCUACGUGAGUUAUUGCUUUCGGUUUCGUAACAUAAUUCCCUAAUUCUUUAAAAAUAAAAAAAAAAAAUUAAAAGGCAAUCUUUUGGAUGGAAGUUAUGAUCUUCUAGAUU